ACUGCAGUAAAGCAGGUUGAUGAUGAUGUCACACUGUUUCCUGCUCAUGGUAAAAGGACUCCAACACAUAUUAACACACCGACUAACUAAACCUGUUCAGGAUACCAGGCCUGAUUCAGCUGAAAUGUACUGUCAGUGGAGUCACGUGGACGCUCUCUGCGACAGACUGUAGUGUAAGCUCUCGUUAAAGCAGCAUCAGCUGAUGCUACACCUUUUCAGCACCGCGGACAGCUCCGUUCUGCAGACCGAGCAGAUGGACACGGUUAUAAAAAGUCCGCGAAGAGCAACUCCGCACCCCACGUCAGCACUCCAUCCAGCAUGGAUAACAGAUUCAGCUCCACGCACAGAAUCCCUCAGGAUGAGUUUUCACGAUACAGACCAUUACGCGCGGCGUUAGACACCAGAGUCGAGUCUACGAGCAUGAGCCUAAGGUUUCAGGAGAAGGAUUUGAUGCGCGGUUUGAACGGUCGUCUCGCAGGAUUCAUUGAGAAGGUGCACCAGCUGGAGCACCAGAAUCAGCUGCUGGAGAGAGAGAUCGAGGACAUCAGAGGGAAAGCGAAAUCCGCAUCCUGCUUGGAGGAGGAGUACGGACCGGAGCUGAAGAAGCUGAGACAGCUGGUUCAGGAUAUCUCCCACCAGAAGCAUCAGAUUGAGCUCGAGCACCAGAAUUUAGAGGACGACCUGUGCAAGCUGAAAAGACAGCAUGAGCAGGAAGAGCGCGGCAGAUCGGAUGCUGAGAGAAGUAUCGUCCUCUUUAAGAAGGACAUCAAUGACGCCUAUCAGGCUAAGCUACACCUGGACAAGAAGGCGCAGGCUCUCGUGGACGAAAUCCACUUCCUAAAGAGAAACCAUGAGGCUGAAGUUUCAGAGAUGGUUGACCAAAUCCAGAGUGCGCAGGUGAGCGUCAAGACGCACGGAUUUGGCGACCCUGGCGUCACUGCAGCACUGAGGGGGAUCAGGUCACAGCUGGAAGGUCAUGCCGUGUCCGACCUCCAGCAGGUAGGAGAAACUUUCCGAUCUCAGUUUGCAAAACUCACAGAGGCAGCUGAGAGCAAGAGGGAGGCGUUAAAAGUUUCCCAACAAGAGAUCCAAGAGUACAGGAGGCGCCUGCAGGCCAAGAACAUUGAGAUGGACUGCGCUAAAGGCACCAGGGAGGCGCUGGAGAGGCAGCUGCAUGAGGUGGAGGAUCGCCACAAGGAGGAAAUGAUUCAUUACCAGGUGAGACUUUUUCUGAAUGAAGCCUUGUUCAGCACUCUUGUGAUAUUUCUUAUUAAACAGCGUUUUUUCUCCUCAAACAGAACACAAUCAAAGAGCUGGAAAACGAGCUCAUUAACUGCAAGUUUGAUAUGUCCGGUUACCUGCGGGAAUACCAAGACCUGUUAAAUGUGAAGAUGGCUCUAGAUGUGGAGAUCAUGUCUUACAGGUAAGAAUGGAAACCCCAUUGUUACCAGAAAGGUGUUUUUUUUCUUGGUUUUGAUGAUGUUUUGGGGUUUUCCUGACAUUUCCGUAUUACAUUAGACCAUGUUAAUUACGAUAACCCUGCAAUUAUGUACAGCGGAACAAGAGAUGCACCGAUCCAUUUUUGUCCGAUCCAAUCCGAUACCUGGGCUAAGCAUAUCAGAUAUCCGAUACUGAUCCAAUAUUAGCACUCAGCAAAAAGACUGAAAUUCAUGAGGUAAACAAAGCUAACAAGACUUUUUGCUAUAAUCUUUCAGCCAUGUUUUUCCAUUUUUAAACUAAAGUUUUAACCGAAAAUACAAAUCACAGUUGAAUUAAUUAAAAAUAUUAAGCUGCUUAUUUUGUUUAACUGAGAAUGUGAAACUGAGCGUGUGAAUCAUAUUUUUGUGAUAUUUGAAUUCACGUUUCUGUCCUCGUUUAGCUUUUUCUCAGGGCUUUACAGAUGACAUACCCCUGAACAUUAAUUAGGCAAACGCAACAACUUGGUCAUUGUCUCUGUUAUCUGCUUAUGGGUUAUACUGCAUUGUUGCAAUCAGCAGUUUAGAGAUGCACUCACCAGCUCUGCUGCUGUUGCCUGGAUUGCAGGACAGGAUCUUGCUCCACUUCUCUGAGAUGGUUUGGACCCAGUAGCUCCUCUGAUUACCCUCAGAUCUGUGUCCAGGACUAUCACUAUCACUACUACUAUCACCCACUACUAUGACAACUAUCAAGACCAGACACAGAAACUGACACUUCUGCCACAGUGUCAACUGGCAGAGUUUAAGUGUUACCCUCAUACUGGCAGUGCCAUAUUUUCCGGACUGUAAGUUGAACUUUUUUUCAUAGUUCAGCUGGGUUUGCGACUUAUACUCAGGUGCAACUUAAAUAUAUUAAAAAAAUAUAAUAAUUUCAUGUAUAAUUUGGUCUUGGAUUUUGUAAAAUAAAUUUCUCCCCAAAAAUACGACUUAUACCGGUAUGUUUUUCUUCUUCGUUAUACAUUUUUUGGCUGGUGCGACUUCAGUCUGGAAAAUAUGGUAAUUUAAAGGGUUUAAAAUCAUAUCACAUGAGAACAAAGCCCAGCAGUAAUUAUGAUAAAUUCAGUUUUAAUACACUCAAUCAGAUAAAGUCAAAUAUGUCUCCUAUUUUGCAGGAAACUCCUAUGUGGAGAGGAGGCUCGGCUCUCCUCCAUGUCAGACUCCCACGUCUCCCUGCCCUACAUCUACCACCAGUCCCCCAUCUACACCCUGCCCUGCUUCAGUCGACCGGGUGCCCCACACAGAAGAGCUGAGCCACAGUACAAGUUUGUAGAGGAGAUCAUAACAGAGACCACCCGAGAAAUUGAGAUGUCUGAGUUUGAGGAGUCUGGAUCUGAGGAGACUGAGGGGGGAGGGGAUGAGCAGGAGUGUGCCAAAAGGGAUGGAGGGGGCGGUGAGGAGGAAGAGGACGGUAAUAAAGACAGUGGAGAGGAAGAGGGUGAGCAGGAGCCUGAUGGUGAGCAGGAUCAAGUAGGAGAUUCAGUGAAUGGAGGUGAAGAUGAGAGUCUUGUUGGAGUGGAUGAUGGUGUAGUAGAACAGAAAAACAAAGACGAGGCAGAGGAGACUGAAGGAGGCAGUGAAAUCAAAGCUUUGUUGAAAGAGAGAAUGAAGGAGGAGGAGGAGGAGGGAAAAAAACAGCAACACCAUGAAGUGGCUGAAAACACAAAAAACAAAAAUAACACUGCAGUCCAUAAAGACCUCACUUCAAAACAAGAGGAUUUAAAGCCAAAAGCCUCUGCAGAGGAGAACAAAAGCUUGGCCAAUGUGGCUGAAGAAUCAGACAAAAACUCAGAGCUGAGCAGUUCUGACCGAGUGAAAGAUGACAGACCCAUUUUAGCUUCAAGAGCAGCUGAAAUAAAGAGCGCUCUGUCUCAAAAGACUAAGGAUACUUCAGAGGAGGCUCCAAGUACAAUAUUUAAACCUGAGGAAGAAGAACAGAGUCAAACUGAGCCGGUAGCAGCCAGUUUACUUGAAGCUGCGAAAACUGCAGAUAAAGUAGCAACAGAGGACAUGAAUAAAGUCAGAGAUGAAGAGCCGUCUCUUACGCCUGGUGUGAAAGGUUGUCCUGAAGCCGAGGAUCAGAAGCCGAGCAGUACAAUCCUGAGUGUUACACCAAAGGAGGAAGCAAAUGCAGAAGUGAAAGAGUUUAAUCCGGGAACAACACAGAGCAGCCAGGAUCAGAAAUCCCAGCAGAAUGACACCUUAGAGAAAAUGAACAACUUUCAAGGUAAACCUGAGAAGAUGGAGAGUGGUAAAACAGCAACUUACGAGGGCGAGUGAAAGCAAGACAGUGAGGGGGUGAUGUCUGCAGAGGUACAGUAAAAAAACAAAAAUAAAGACCUCCCCGCCUUGAAAUAAUGACACAGCAGCAGCAGACAGACACAUAAGGGACUGUGAGACUGUGAGGAAUAAUGAAUGGCUUAUCAAAGAAAUGCAGAUUCAAUGCAUGAAGCAGAGCAAAGCAGUGAGACAAACGCACAACGCUGCACUUUCUCUUCAGGGUGACCAUUGCAAAAGGAGAGCAUGAUGCUUGAGAUGUUUGCAGCAACUUCCAUUAUGAACUUCAAAUCAACUUGUGAUCGAUUUGUGAUGUGAAUAGAUGACUUGUGACUCACCAUCAACCUAGUGUAAUCAUGAAUGUAGAAAAAAGCCAAGGUUUUUGAUGUCUGUGUGUGCUUGGCUGUGUAAUAAAAAUAAAUGCAAUAUCAAAAAAAAUACUUUUCUUAACAUCAGCACAUUAUUUACUUUCCAAGAGAUGCCUCUCAUUACGUUCAAUUUAUCUUGAUUACUGCUGGAAUUUAAAGCUCCUGUGAGGAACUGGUGGUCUUGUUUUCUUUAGUAUAUCAACCCACUGAGCAAUAGACGGCUAUUAGACGUUUUUUUUUUUUAGACCUAAUUUCAACUGUCUAGAUUCUGUAUGGUUUUAGACGAAAUGUAGACAUUGCAUUUUAAUCCAUUGCUCGAUAACUCUUUAUUUCAAAAAUCAACUGUGAGUUUCAUAACUGAUCUCCAAGUACUUAACCAAAAUAAUAAUGAUAGCCAUUGAGUAAUUUACAGUGUAGUAUAGAUAUAGCCCAGAUUUAGACUUGGUCUAAAUUUAGAUGUCUAAAAAAACUUUCAUUUUUAGACCUGUGGUAGCCUGAUUUUAGACCAGUCAUCUAGGCUAUAUUUAGACAUCUAUUAGACCUCUUUAAGACCAAAAAAUCCUCAGUGGGAUAAAAAGACUGAAAAAUGAGUUUCAAUAUGGUUUGUUUUGGAUGUCAAAAACCUCCUCACAGGAGCUUCAAGUGAGGAAAUAAACUAGUAUCAAGAACUCAAACCAGACAUUGACUAUUUUUCAAACAAUCACAACAUGACAAGGCCACUCAGGUUGGCACAAAUGACCCCUUGGAUCCAUAGUGCUGCAGAAUAAUCAUAAAUAGCAUUACCAAUCAGGCAAAUACUAAGCAUCAGACCAAAAAGGCAGUGACUGGGUCACCUUUUUUAAAAUUCACUUUUCCUAAAGGAUGACAUUUUCACUUCAAAACAGGCCUUUUCUGGAUUCAACACUUUCCGAGUCGAGUUUUUCCUUGUGAGAAAAACAAUUCCAUAAAAACCUCUUUCAGGACAUACUCUUGAUUAAAGUUUGUUCACUAGAGUCAACACAUUUCCAUUAAUUGUAAGCUUGUUUUUAUCCAAUGUUGUGUCUUGAUUUGUGUUGCUUAUCCCUGUAAGUCCCAAGUGGCUUUGCUACUUAACAGCCUUCAUUCUGUGGAAGGUCUUAAGCCACCUGAGACAUUCAAAAUUAAAUUUAGAGUGCAGCCACCUGUUAUUACCAGAGUUUGAGUAUAAACAAAAGACUCUCGAGAG